UCCCCAAUCAAGCGGCGAUAAUUGCAACGACUCUCCGGGCCUCGUUGCUGAAGUGGACCGAGGUUUCUCAGCUGAAAGAAUGAAGGUUAUGGCAGCUGACCGUGGAUCUUUGUGUGCGUCAGAGGGGUGAGGGACCAAUGGGUAACAGCAGCCCGCGCCCUCGGGUGGAGGGGGAGGAUGGAGGGCGCACACUUUUUAAAAAGGUCAGAGGCGACAAACAUUAGAGAGGAUACGACGAGUUCGACCACGACACAAGAUGAGACCAUCUUUCCAUUUCGGUGCCUUUCAGCUCACCCUCCUCUCCCUCGCUUUCCUCAGCCCCAUACCACGGAUUGUCACACUAUACCCCCUCUCCCCCACUGCCCUGCUACCCACAGUGGACGGACCUGAGCUUGAGUCUGCCCUGCUCCACCUCCAGGCUGCUCUGGAGGACCUGAGGGACAAUGGACUCAUCCAGCCUGAAGUCUGGGCCGAGCGGCCUCAAGAUCCUCUACGAGCCCUGCUGGAACCUGGGCAGCAGGCGGAGGAAGUUGGUUCCUGGGAGGAGGAGGCACUGCUGAGGACCCAGAGAGGAGACCUGAUGGCCCGGCCGCUGUCACCCUUCCCCGGGAGUCACUCUCUGGAAAGCAUGCACUAUCAGGACGGAGGAGAUGGAGAGGACGGGGGGAAGAGGAACGAGGCUCUGACCUCCAUCGCCGGAGGGCUCCAAGCCGUCAGCCGGGAGAAGGGGGGAUUUGGUUUCCGCUUCGGGAGGAAAAGAUGGACUAACCAGGGAUGGAGGGAUGAAGGGAUGAAGGGAGGGGGAGCACAGAGGAGGACAAGUGGAUCUGAUGAGGGAAAGGUUUUUUAA